UAGACAUGCAAAGGAAAAAAUUUUAAUGCUUGUAUUGCUAAAGAGGACUCCAAACAGCAGCGGAGUUGCUAAAGUCCUCGUAAGCAAUCUACCGGCUCAAAUACGACUAGAAGAGCUGGACCUGCUGUUCUCCAACUACGGCCAGAUCCAAAACAUCGAAAAAGUGCCGUCGCGGGAUCCAAAUACACAAAGCGUGCUCAUUAGCUAUGAGACGCAAGAGCAAGUACAACAGGCUGUGAACCAGUUAAAUGGCUACGAUUUCGAGGGCAAUCCGCUGAAAGUGGAGAUGUCCUCGGCGGAGAGCCGACGCAGAGGCCGCAGCCAACGCAGCGGCGGCGUGGCUUUCGCCGGACUGCCGGGUUCCGGUCGCCAGACGGAUUUCCCGCUGCGUAUUCUCGUCCAAUCCGACAUGGUGGGUGCGAUAAUCGGCCGACAAGGUUCCACCAUACGGCAGAUCACGCAGAUGACGCGCGCCCGGGUCGACGUGCAUCGUAAGGAUAACGUUGGCUCUCUGGAGAAAGCUAUAACUAUCUACGGCAAUCCCGAGAACUGCACCAAUGCUUGCAAGAAGAUCCUGGAAGUCAUGCAACAGGAGGCCAACAAUACGAACAAGGGUGAGAUCACUCUGAAGAUCCUCGCGCACAAUAAUCUCAUCGGUCGAAUCAUCGGUAAAGGCGGUAACACGAUCAAGAGAAUCAUGCAGGACACCGAUACGAAGAUCACUGUUAGCAGUAUCAACGACAUCAAUAGCUUCAAUCUCGAACGCAUCAUCACAGUUAAGGGAUCGAUCGACAACAUGAGCAAAGCCGAGUCCAUGAUCUCCAGCAAGCUCCGUCAAAGCUACGAAAAUGAUCUGCAAGCUAUGGCUCCCCAAAGCAUGAUGUUCCCCGGCCUGCACCCGAUGGCCAUGAUGUCCACCGCCGGCAUGGGCUACAGCUCCCGUGGUCCCGGCCUCUAUGGUUCUGGACCCGCCCCAUAUCCCUACCAGAGCAGCCUGCCUACUCAACAGGGCGUCCCCGCCAGCGAUACCCAGGAGACGACUUUCCUCUACAUUCCCAACAACAGUGUCGGCGCCAUCAUCGGCACCAAAGGCUCCCAUAUCCGUAACAUAAUCAGGUUUUCCGGCGCGAGCGUAAAGAUCGCUCCUCUUGAACAAGAUAAGCCGGCUGAGCAACAGACUGAGAGGAAGGUCACCAUCGUCGGCUCCCCGGAAUCUCAGUGGAAGGCCCAGUAUUUGAUCUUUGAGAAGAUGCGGGAAGAGGGAUACGUCGCCGGUACCGAAGAUGUUAGACUGACCAUCGAAAUCCUCGUGCCCAGUACUCAAGUCGGCCGAAUUAUUGGCAAAGGUGGUCAAAACGUGAGGGAAUUACAGCGCGUGACUGGUAGCGUUAUUAAAUUGUCAGAACAGCAAGCGACUCCUCCUUCAGCAGAAGAGGAAACAACUGUCCAUAUAAUCGGUCCCUUCUUCUCUGUUCAGUCGGCACAGAGAAGAAUCCGCGCGAUGGUAUUGCAAUCAGGUGCACCGGGUGGAACCGGUGGUGCUGCACGCGCCGGUCGCGGUAGCAGCCAAGAAGGUACCUCCCGUUCUAAAAGAGAUGGCAGCGCCACUUCCCAGGGCGGCACGACGUCGCAGCCCAGUUCCCAACAGCAGUCUGUCGGCUCGCCAUCGAGCCAACAACAGCAGCAGCAGCAACAGCCGCAGCCACCAUCAUCGCCGCAGUAACAUUAACAUCGAUGACACCGACCUGACGCGGACCGACGCCACAAACGCCCAUCCGCUUCAUUCGCCGGAGUGGCCUCGUCGUCGCUUUGACAUUCUCUCUCAUCGAGAGGCUGAGCUUAUCGCGAUCUCCUCCUCUCGCGGGGCGCGCGCGACCCUCCCUGAUGAGGGAGGGCUUCAAACGAGGGUGCGCGACGCGCAGAUCGCGACGGGAAGACGCCCGGCAAUGUUCUGAGAAUUAACUCGACUCGAGAUCCAACAACUAGGUUCGCGGACUUUCGCACUCAGUGAGGUAGUAACAAUUCCCGUUAUCAGUUUUAUAAAUGAUUCACGAGUCCUAACUUGACGAAUCAACGCGGGAAUUCUAGAAGAGUGCUCGGCGAGUCCACAAUUCGGCGAGUUAAUUCUGAGAAUUCGAACGAAGAAUUGUUAUUCCAAAGAUUCUAAUUCCAAGACUCGAUUGUUGUGAGUCAAUCUGAAGAGUCAACGAGGCCCUGGGCCCUCCGUUCGAUUCGACACGGGCGCGUUCAUCGUGAUCGAUGUUAAUCACGUGCGAAUGAUUAAUUUAAAGUCUUAAGUGUCCUUUUUGACAAUGGGGAUACACAUAUUGUAAUUAAUCGCAUUGGUAUUCGGUUGAAAAAACGAUUGCGAUUCUUGAAUUACAACUUAAACGCAAAGCUCGGCAAUGGUAGGCGAAGCAAAGGCGAAACUGCAAUCGAUCGGAGGAGCACCGAACAUAUGUUAUCGAAUCUGGCUUUGUCCAGGUAGACACUGCCCAUACGCGAUCGCUGACUCUCACGACGAACUCCCAUCCUCGUUGACGAGGAUCGUGGCGUUUUCCCCUUUGCUCUACGCGUCGCGCCUGCGUCCCGCGCGCACACCCCCGCGAUAGCGAUGAAGCGACAACACACAGCCGCGCACGACCCAAUUUCGCAGCGCUAACGAAACCACCGCCGCCGAUGAAAUAGGACACUUCGACGAGAAACAAACUGAUUUAAAAAAAAAAUAGAAAAAAAGAAAAACACACACAACCUUAUUACCUCAUUGCAUUACGGUUAAAGAUUUAAUACGAUAAAGGAAAGUGAAACGCGCGGGAGAAGCGAUAAACCGAUUAACCUAAAAAAAAGAAAAAGUCUAUCUAAUAUUAAAGUUAUUAAUAAUAUACAGAGAAGUUAAGUGACAAUUACAUAUUAUGUUAUAUCUGUUACUACUACUGCAACUAUUACUAUUAUUACUACCUACUACCUACCUAAUACUAUUAUCGCUAUAUACUAUUUACUUACUUCUUACUAGUACUACAGGAGGAAAGCGGUUUUUCUUAAAAAAAAAAAAAAAGAAGAAAGCAACAAAAAACACAGAUUAGGUACAGUUCUUUUAUACACACAAUUCAGAGACGUUGAAUAAUAAUAUACGAGACUUAAAUAAUACCGAGACCGUGUAUCGCGGAACGGCGAUCCGUUGAUGGUUGUAGACAUAAGCCAGGAUGUCUCAGGAGGAGAAGAGAAUAGAAGCGACCCCCGCGCCCCAAUCCGCCCCUCCUCGCACGUAAUACCAAAGAAGCGAUUAUGAGUUAUUUCGUAUUGAGUUAUUUCGUAGUGAAGUGAAAUGCGUCGUGUACGCUCUAUUCGCCUCAAGUUCCUCAUCAAGAGCCACGAAAGGAAGAGAAAGAAAGAAGAAAGAGGGAUCAGAUACGAGAGAGGAAACCGACGAGUGAUCAUCAGACGUCGAAAACAACGUCGACGAGACAUCGAGUCGCUGAUACGAGUGAUUGAUGAAGAAGAAAGAAGGAAGAACGAGAAAAGGGAGAAAGGAGAUGAAAGUCCGAUCGUGUAAUACUAUAUUGAUAUGACAUGAAUACCAUUUUUUUGCCAUGUUUUCAAAAAACGUCUCUCAAACAUACGGAGAGAAUGAAAAAGCGACUAGUCGGUACGCAACGAAGAACAGCGAGUGAGAGAGAAAGAAAGAGAUAAAGAUAGAGAAAUACAAGGGAAGCAAAAGAGAGACAGCGAAGGAGGGGACACAAGGGACAAAAAGUGAACAGACAAAACUUUUCAGGGAUUUUUACUUUUACCAUGAAUGUAAUAAUGUGUGAGUGUGCGUGUGUUGAAUAAUAAUUAUUAAUUAAUAAGUAAUUUGAUUACUGAUUAGAGAAGUUAACGGCGAGGAAAGGUGAUGGAAAGAGUAAGGAAGAAUCAGUCUUAACGCGAGAUAGGCAAGAGAUGGAAGAGAAGAAAAGGAAAGUAGAGGGACGAUAUGAGAGAGCGAGAUGUCGCGACAUUUGAUCGCGACAUUUACUCUCGCCGCGGAUGGUGUGUCGCCGAGACGAGCGUCGAGACGGAGCCUCUGCGAGGCGUCUCCCGACGAGCCUGCGAACCCCGUAAUUUUUGCAAAUUAUAGCUGUUAGAGGCGCGCAGGAUCCGGCCGGGGCGCGGAGAACCGCGGAGCGCAAUAAUCUCGAUCUCGCAUCGAUAUCGCGACUCGCAACGCGUAUAAUCGGCCAUUAUUAUCCUGUUGCACAGAAUCAAGAGAUUCCUUUCGGAAACGAGGAUAAACUGAGGAUAAUGCGAAGACGUUCGGCGAGGCGAAACGAAAGGAAAAAAAAAAACCGAGACACAAUCUCGCGUUUUCCAACAGUGAUGUUACAUUAUUAAAAACAACCUCAAGCCUUGCUCUAGCUCGAUAUAUUAAUGACCGAGUACGCGUCACAGUCGCUGUAUCGAGUUCUGAAGACAUUCCUAAGUGAUGCUUUUAGAGCGAUAUGGGGAAGAGAAAGAGAAAGAGACAGAGAGGAAAAAUGAGAGAGAGGUUCCAGACGAUCGAUCGCGCGGCAGGUAGAUGAGGCGGAGACAGCAAGACGGGGAACGUGAUGAAUCAAAUCAGAUUCGGAAUUGAGAACACCGACCCUGCAGAGCGGUCGUUAAGCAUAACCAAGGAAAUUCUACAAAUACAACGGACUAAUCAAUCAUGGCGCACGGUUUCGCGCCGAUCAGAGCUCGAUCGUUCUCAAAUAUUCGCACAAACUUGACGAGAACGACCGAUUUUAUUCUCUUUCAUGAAUAUCUGAAUCGUUAAUUACCUCUCGAAUUUAUCCAGCAGAAAUGCGAGACUUACUUUUCAUGAUUGAUCGGUGAUUAUCGUGUUCAUCGGCGCGCAACCGGGGCGACACCGGUAUCAGCAUGUGAAUCUCCAUCGGAGGUUCACGUCUGGCGACAUGACGAGCCUCACAGGCUCGUUGAUUUACACUCUCGGCGUUCGGUAUGCGUUUAGUACAAAGAUACAUGAGGUUAAGAAUAAAUAAGAUAAUCAAGAAUUAAAGGGGACACCGAAAGAUAAAAGAAGAUGUAAUGUCUUUAUUCCUUUUCUUUAUUUUUUUUUUUGAAAAAGCUGAAAAUUUAAACUCCAGAGUAUGUGAAUAUUAUUUCACAUUAAUUGAUGAAGAAUAAAAUACUUUGCAA